CACGAAUUACUAGCCAUGCUAGCAUAUUUUCCAGCUGGUCCUGGACCAAUCAGUGAUAGCGUUGUUUUAUUAGUUGUCUCACACGGUUGCUAAUUAUAUGAAUAUAAUAUUUCUGGUUCUUCGGCCGUCGAGCGGUGACGAAGGGACCCGAUGAGAGUAGAAGAGGAAGUGGAGUGGCAGAAGUCAGCUGAAGAAAUGUGGUGCUUAAUAGUCAAGUAGUGUGUGUCAAUUGAACAAAGCUUCUGUCUAGAAGGCCGUUCGCUAAGUGUAUACGGUAACCGAUUCAAAUGAUCGAAGAAUUUUAAGCUUGUAAACGUUUGUUCGUUUUAGACUGGAAACCAAUCUGAUCUCGAGUCCAAGGUUCUGAUUGAAACUUGUAGGAGGGAUUAUCUGAAAGAAUAUAACCAUACCAUGAUGCCACAGGGUCCAACUCCUUUCUCCCCACGUCCGACAAAACCACACUUAACAUUUUCAAUCGAAUCCCUGGUAGGAAAAGAGCCUUUGGACAGUAGAACAUUAAGUGAAAAUAUUGAAUCGCCCACCUACACGCCGCCAAGAGCUCAUGUUCGGACCUCUCCCCCAGUGGCUCACACGAUGUCCAGGACAACGUUUCCUCCCGCUUCUUUCCACGGUGGUGACUUCUCACCACUGACGCACGGUGACGUGUCCCAUCCUUAUCUGGGUUUACGAGCAUCCCCGUCCAUUUAUCCCGUUUCCCCGUAUCUAUUUGGCCGUGACUCCUACUCAAUGUAUCCGUGGCUCUUAGCGUCUAGGCAUCCAAGGUUUCUUCUUCACCCUCGAGUUCUUCCUGAGGUGGACACUUCUGAAUUCCUCCUUCACCCAUUCCGUAAGCCCAAGAGGAUCAGGACCGCCUUUUCUCCUUCUCAGCUACUCAAACUGGAACAUGCCUUCGAGAAGAAUCAUUACGUAGUGGGUGCUGAAAGAAAACAGCUUGCUCAUAGUCUAAGUCUUACAGAAACUCAGGUUAAAGUAUGGUUUCAGAACCGAAGAACAAAGAACAAGCGUCAAAAACAGGAAGAAGAAGAUGCACAUCCAAGCCAUAAACAGGAGCAGAAGCAUUCAAGCUUUGUCCAAAAAGCUGAAGAUCAAAGCCCUGAACUAAAUCGAUUAAGCGACAAUUCCUCACCUGACAUUUUACUUGAACACCCAAGUAGUCCAGCGGAUGCUAAGCCUAACUUGCAUGUAAAUGAAGACAGCACCGAAUCAUAGAUAGUGACUUAAUUCUAUUUCAAUCUGUUGAUGGUUGAAAAUUGUCCUAAUUAUCGAACACUAAAAAAAAAAAAAA